AUGCAGGGUCAAAAGCGCGGGAAGUCUGGCCAGCUGGUCGACCCACGACCUCAGACGAUCGACGGCGAGGCCAAGAUCGUCAUCACACCACAGCUGGUCCACGACAUCUUCGACGAAUACCCUAUUGUGCAGACUGCCUACGCGGAGAACGUGCCCGACAAGCUUACCGAAGCUCAAUUCUGGAAACGCUACUUCUCGUCGAAACUCUUCCAUGCACACCAAGCGUCUAUUCGAUCAUCUGCAACGCAGUUUGUGGCAAAGGAGGAUCCAAUAUUCGACAAGUACCUCGAGAAAGAUGAUGACGGUCUUGAGCCUCGCAGACCGCGAACAGAGACUGUCAGCAUGCUCGUCGACCUCGCAACUACCUCCGAGGAUCAUGGCGAAGCGGGAACCACGAAGGAUAUCACCAUGCAGGCCGGUCGCCAGAAAGGCGCGAUACCCUUGAUACGGAAGUUUAAUGACCACUCAGAAAGAUUACUGAAUGCCGCCUUGGGCGAGCUUCCCAAGGCAAAGCGAAGAAGAUUGAACAACGCUCAGGACGAGUACGAAGCUGAGAUCGAGCUCGACGAUCUGCGAGACGAGCAGACAUCCGAGGGCAUCACACUUGCUAUGCAGGACCGACAACGAUACUAUGAGGGUAUCGCUAGUCAGUCUGCUGUAGAGGAUACUCCCCCAAUGCGCGCGAACCCGCGAGGUCUUGCGGCUAGCAUACAGGACUGGUCGAACUCGUUGGCAUCUCUUCGAAUUGUGCGAGGGCCGAGUGACGCAGCGCUUAUGUCCAUGACACAGAAUGUCAUGCAACGCCUAACAGUCAAGGCGCAGAAGAACGACUUCCCGCCCGACCUCUUCCGCCAAAUGGCCUCCUGUCAGACAGCCGCCAACGAGUUCCUCCGCCAAUUCUGGGGCGCCCUCUACCCACGCGCAGGCGACCAGCCAGCUGCUGGUAAUGCCAACCCCGCCCAACGCGCCGCGAAGGCGGCGAAGAUGGCAAACUUCCUCGCACGGACGCCGGAGAAGGUGGACGCAUUGGUGCGGCAGGCGGAGGAGAUGGGCGCGGAUGGCAAGCGGGUGAGGGUGGCGCUGCAGCCGGUGCUGAAUGCGGUGGAGAGGGCGCUGAGUGUGCAUAAGGCACGGAUGGCUGCGAGGCCGGGAGGGGCGGGGACUGGCUCGAGGCCGGGGACGCCGAGGUAG